ACUAAGCACAUGUUCCGAAAAGUCGCAUUUCAGCCGGCGUGAGUGAAGGAGUUGAGUUGCAUGUUCUCGGUUUCGGUUUUUAAUCAAUCUGCAGACGAUCAGCUGCUGUGGUGGUGAAAAUAUCGUUUGAUCUACGCGCAUGAAAAUAAGAAUGCAAAAUUUUUGAAACAGAAAUGAAUAAUUUUCGAAAAUACGUUCGAAUGACGAAACAUAUAUCUAUAUUUAUUGCUAUCGAAAUUACUGCAAUUAUAGAAUAAUAUUUACAUUCAUUAAAAAAUUAUUUGAUUUCAACUCCAUCAAAAAUAUCCUUGGAUGUUUUUCUUCGAUGGGAGUUGUACGGAAGUUUUUGAAGAAAGCGUUUGAAAUUCUUUUUCAGUAUAAAAAGAGUAUGUGGUUGUUUCGAAAGAAAAUGAAUGUGCAUAAGAAAAGUGUGGAUAUCCUUAUAAGCUGAUUCAUCCCCAACCACAAGAUCAUCGCAUGAGGAAGAUCAUCUUCGAUCGCCGUCAUCAUCGUCAAGGGGUGGAGCCGCGAGAGGGUGAUCGGACGUUGCCGGGCAAGACGAGUCGAUUAUUCGGACGUGAAUGUUGAACCUGCUGUGUUUUGGGUUUGUGGUUGGAAACUCGUGGCAGUAUACUGGCCACGCCUUACCAGGUAACAUCACCACCCAAUAUCACAUGAAUUUCUAGUUAAAAGUCAUGUGACUUUUGAAAUGUUAAACAGCCGACCAUCCUACUUUGUAGUACCACUUGGAGCCCCGGCGAGAAAAUGUCUUCCUAGAUUUUUAUUGUUGAAUUGAUUAAUUGGCAAUUUCAAAUUGCAGCUUGUUGAAUUUUCUGUCUGCGUUUUUUUGGUUAGCGUUCAGGUUACGGGGAUGGUUCACACAGCUCAUAUUUCUUUGGGUAUUCUCUUGAGCUCUUUAAGUUACUUUAAAUGUAGAUUAGCUGAUGGACUACUUUCUGUCGUUGAGAAGAGCAACUGGUUUUAAAUGGAUUUCAACAUUUAAAUGACUUAUAAGUUCUGCAAAAUUUUAUUAAUGUGCAAAGUAAAUUACCAGUGGAAUGAUAACACAUGAGCCAAACACCUUGUCUUGGAUUUCAUGCUCGAAAUCAGUAAAAGGCCAGUGUUUUUACUUAUAAUUCAUCUACAGACUGAAUAGGUUGUCUAUAUUUUAAUUCAUGAUUUGGAAUAUUUGUGAAAGAGAAAGACUGAAUCAUUUGGCAUUUCAAGUACUGGCUCUAAAUGCCAUGAGCCUGCCUCCAAAUGGCAGCCAGCAGUCGCCUCACCACCACUUGCCACCGCUGGAUUGUCCGUCAGUCCCGACCCAGCACUACUCCUCCGCGUCGAGCAGGCGCCAGAAGGUAUGCGGGGCCUGCGGAGACAGAGCCAAGAGCUACCAUUUUGGCGGCAUCUCCUGCGAUUCCUGCAAGGCAUUUUUUAGGAGAUCCGUCCAGAACGAGGCCUUCAAGAACUUCCACUGCCCCUAUGAGGGGAAGUGCGAGAUCACUAUCACCUCCAGAAAGUGCUGUCAGUACUGCAGAUUCCAGAAAUGUCUGUCCAUCGGAAUGGAAACUGGUUGGGUUAUGACAGAAGAAGAACGUCUAGCCCUUGUCAAAAACCGAAUGGAAAGAAAACAGAGACAGGGCGUGUCAGAAUCUGGAGCUCAUUCUCAAGAAACUGGGAAGAAGCCGUACCGCACAACUCCUAUAUCUGAAUACGAACCUGACAUAAACGACUUAUCAAAGUACCUAGAGCCGGAUGAUAUGAAGCUUAUUGAGUUCCUCGUGAAUGCGUACGAAGAAAGCUACAACGAAGUGCCUUUCAGUGAACACCUGCACAAAACUGUCCCGACGACCGGAAGGACCAGGACCGAGAUCCUGGACAUGUUCUUCACCGCCGUCAAACAGUUUACUAACUUCUCCCAAAAGCUGGAUGCAUUUUCCAAAAUUCAGCAGCACGACAAAGAAAUUCUGCUGAGAACUGGUGUCCUUGAGCUGUGCUUCAUUCGCGGUGCCUAUAUUUAUGACGAUAAACUCGCCAGGUGGCCUCACACUGGCAAGCCUAUGUACAGAGAUUCUCCGACUCUGGAUGCAGACGACAUCAAGAAACUGGUGUCCGCCGAGCUGUUCGAGAAGCACAUGGAGUUCAUCCGCAGCAUCAAAGACCUGCAUCUGGACGAGGCCACCGUCAUGCUGCUCCUAGUGAUUGUCCUCAUGUCUCCUGACCGACCUGGCUUGGAAAACGAGGUGUUGGUGGCAAAGGAGCAGGAGAAGUUUUACAUUCUAAUGAGAAAGUACAUGAAUUGGCGCUACGGAGAAGAGAACAAUGCCACGCUGUAUCCUAAAGUUUUACUUCGGUUGCCAGAUCUGAGAGAACUCAAUGAUAAUCACACAGAUUAUAAUCUGAGAUUGGCAUCAGAAGAAAUCCAGCAGAUCCAACAGAAACUCUCUUCGCUGAAGAUAGAUUCAUGUUUCCAGAGAUCUGAAGGGGCAUCCAGCAAUAUCAGCAGCCAUGGAUCGAGGAGCUCGACUCCAGGAACGAGUGCAGCCUCGAGCUCAGAGGCAUACGCUCGUGUUCCUUGGAGCCUGGUUCGGGAUGUCUUGAGGGCUCCGACUUCUCCCUAUUCACAGGAAGAAGAGUCAAAUUCUAGUGAAAGCUCGGACAGAGUGGCGCCUUUCCGAAGCUAAGAUUUCUGUGUUUCCCUGUGUUGUUAGGUGUUUUUGUGCUCCCUUUGAUUCUUUUUUGAAAGCAAGUUCUGUAAUUUUUUCUUUGUUUUAACUUAAUUUGGCAGCUAUGCUUCUCAAAUCGAAGUCAAAUUAUUUCGUGCUUUAUCGAAUCAGUAUUUUUCUUGUGUUGUGAUUGAUUAAUCUGAUUAAGCAACAAAACCCUGAUGGCUGAAUAGUUUAGUUACGUUAAUAAAUUUUUUUUGAUGAUCAUUCUUUCUGUCAUCUAAUGACAUCAUCCGAUCUUCUUUGUCAAUCCGAUAGAAUUUUUCGCAAAAUGAAUUUAAUGUUUUUAUCUUUACAGAAAUAAUUUAAAUUUUUUAAAAAAAGAAGUAACAAUCAUA